UUUGUUUUUGUGACGGUAAUUGGCAGUAUUGUUUUAACUUUUAACCCUUUAAGGGUAACCCUUAAGGGUUAUAUAUCUUAUCUUGAAAACAUCUGGGAGAUAGAACUAAAACAUAUGCAGAGAGCAGAACACCACAGUGAAGUGGAGAUACAACUGGAGCUGCUACUCUCCCACUCAUCCAUGUUCCAUUUCAGGAGCUAACUAUCUACGUUGUAGUGCUGGGAGCACCACUUCACCCAACAUGCUCUACUUCAACUCUCUAGGAAGGUCUAUUCCACAUUUACAUUCUCCCAUGACUCAUGUUUCCACCACUGAUUCACGGCUUCUCUUGACCAAUGUGGUGGGUUGUGCUUGCACAUUUUGCCCUCCAACAACACUGCAAGUGAAAACUGCAACCCCCAGAUUAGUAUUUGUUUGUUCCUUGCAAAGGGUUCUCUCCAUUGAAGAGCUGCAGAUAAAUGUUGAUGAUGAUUCUGACAAUCAGUCUGAAACUAGUGUUGAUUCUUCUGAUUAUUUGAACGGCGGGGAUGGAGUUGUUGGCCUUAGUGACUCUCUAGAAAUAGAAUCACUCAGUAGAAAAGCUGUUAAGGAGAGGAUGAGAAGAUUUAAGAUAGGGCUGGCAAACAAAGGAAGAGUGCCUUGGAACAAAGGAAGGAAACACUCUGCAGAGACUCGUGAGCGAAUUAAGCGAAGAACAUCAGAGGCUUUGAGGGAACCCAAGGUAAGGAAGAAGAUGGCUGAACAUCCCCGUUUUCAUAGUGAUAAAAUCAAGGAAAAGAUAAGCUAUUCACUGAGACGUGUUUGGCAAGAGCGUCUGAAGUCAAAGCGGUUUAGGGAGCAAAUUUUCCUUUCUUGGGAACAAUGCAUUGCAAAUGCAGCCAAGAAAGGAGGGUGUGGUCAGGAAGAGCUAGAUUGGGAUAGCUACAAUAAGAUAAAGGAACAACUGGAACUCCAGCAGCUUCUGCAGGCUGAGGAAAAGGAAAAAGAAAAGCUGAUGGCAAUUGCGAGAGCAGAGAAAUUCAUCCAGUCAUGGAGUGAGUGCCUAGCCAAAGAAGCUAAGAAAGGAGGGAGUGGAGAAAAAGAACUAGACUGGGAUAGCUAUGAAAAGAUACAAGAAGAAAUGUUUCUCCUCAAUCAGAUUCGGCGUACUACAGAGAAGGCAAAAGCCAAGGAGAGGGCUAGGACAAAAGCGGAGAAGGAAGCACGGAUAAAGGCAAUAAAAAAGGUAAUGCUCAAUCAAAAGAAAAAAGAUCUUCGGGAAAGGAUUAAAGGAAGAGGGAAUAUUAAGAGUCAGCUGUGCAAAAAUGCAAAUGAAGAUGGAGAAGCUGCCUUGGAAAUUACUCAACAAUUUAAACUUGACACUAAAUUAACUAAGAUUAACAUAAGUAAGAACAUCAACAGUGAAGUAGCUAGAGAAGGAGGCUUUUCUAAUUCCAUUUAUCCAACUUACAAUAAAUUGGAUUUAGAGGUUAUCAAGAGAGAAAAGUUACGGAAAGAAGCAUCGUUUGCAGAUCGGAUCCAAGCUGCUAGACUAAAAAAGGGCAACCUCCACUGACAAUAACUCUUCUUCACACUCAGUUUACUCAUUUACUUGUAAGUGUACGAGGAACAAGGUAAUCACUACUGAUAGCUUGUUGAUAGUAGAGUAGGAUACUGGUUUGAACAGUUCAAUCUCAUGAUAUCCAUGCUUUUACAGUUUUACUUGCCUUUUUGAAUUUCAGCUCCUUUGCUUCUAUUCCUUUUUCUCUAUUUCUUUGUAUAGAAAAACACUCUUUAUA